AUGCCGUUCCAAAGAUCGAGCAGUGCUGCCUCCACACAGCUGCUCUUCAAGCCAACUUCGGCACUCGGCCCAAGUGACUUUGCAUCGUCUUCUGCAGCCAUCGUACCCAGCAAGUCGGCUCUGGCUGAAUCGUCUUCCAAGCCACGCGAUCCGAUUCUCGGCCAAGACGCCGCUCCAGCUCGCAAGCAGCACCACGUCUCGUUCCAAGAGCAACCGGAACAUGCAGAGCCGCAGCCAAAACCAAAGCCAAACAGAAGGCGCGAACGAAACCAUCGCUCGUCGCAGUCAAGCUCGCGCCCCCAUGCCUCCGACCUGAUCACCAAGGGCUCCGAAAACGGCAGCGCAAAGCAGUCCGCCUCGCGCGCUUCUUCCCGUCACAGCCGCAACGAUCCCAGCGAACCCGAGUCGUCCAAAUCCGCCGGCGCAGAGAGCGCGCUCACCACAUCCACGCGCUCGCGCAGGCAAGCACGCCGCGGCAACGACAAGCGCUCCGAUCGCUCCCAGCGCACGCCCUCAGAGGCAGCCACGGCCACCACCGAUCCCACCUCGGUCUCGCGACCCAGCUCCAGAGCAGCCACAUCCACAAAGUCCGAGGCGUCCACCUCGGCUUCCAGGCGCGAUCCCCGAUCUCGCGAACCCAGCGCCUCGGGAAGGAGCAGCCGCAAUCACUCCAAUCAUGCAGGCAUCCUCCCCGACCUUCGCCUCCAAGACGCAUCCCGCUCAGAGUCGGCGGCUCGCUCCCAGCACUCGGCUUCCAGCCGCCGCGACCGAUUCAGCACCCGCUCGCACGACACUCGAAGCGUGCCCGGCGACGCUCCCACCGCUCGCGAUGGCCGCCAGCUCUUCGAUCCAAGGCGCGACGAUCCUGUCAGGUUUGCGUCGCAGCAGAGACUGCAAACCGACGAGCGAGCCCGCGCCGGCUCCAGCGUCUCGUCGCCCCGCCUCGCUUCGGCGUCAUCCUUGCAGCCUCCGAUUCCCAUGCGAAGGGAUCCGUCCGAGUCUUCGGGCGCCAGCCUACUUGCGCGCAGUCCAAUCAUCAAGCCCUCCAUCGCCGACGUCGCCUUCGCUCCGGCUAUCGACCCGGCAGAUCCGCGCGCCCUCCAGGCGCACGUGCUCGAAAUCAAGAAAGUCUACCGAUCCAUCUCGGCCAUGGAGACCGCACUGCAAGAGGCGCACCACGCCGAGGCCGACAAGGCUCGCCUCGCCAUGGCCGAAUACCUCCCUCCCGACGUGCGCGAUCCGUCCUACUGGAUCACCAUGAUCAGCCGCCAUCGCAGCCUCGCCGAUCUCCACUCUUCGUUCUUCGAGAUGACGUGUCGGCCAGAGCUUCCUCGCUCAGUGCAGGAGCUGGCCGAAACGUACAACCUGCCCUCGCGCCUGUGGCAGAACGCCUUCCACCUCAUGCUAGAGAGUCUGCGCUCCAAUCUGGCGUCUCAGCCUCCCAACCAGCCAGCCAGCCGCAAGACCGAGCUGCUCGACUACCUCACCGAGUUCAUCUACUUUGCCUACUCCUUCUACUCCGCUCUGCACGAAUCAGAGAGGUACAAGAGCUUCGGCAGGGCUUGGAUCGAAAGCCUUGGCGAUCUAUCCAGGUAUCGCAUGGCCGUCGCAAGCCUCGCUGCUAGCAUGGCCAUCGAUGGCGGUGGCGAAGAGAUCAGGAACAAGGCCCACAACGACCGCAGCCCAGUACUGGCGAUCGAUGCGCGCAUCGAUGACGCCCAAGACGAUUCGGAUGCAGAUGCUGAUGACGAUGACGACUCGCUCGAUGAGCACCGCGCCGAAGCCGACGACGCCGAAGCUCGCCGGCGGCACGCACGACGUAGAAGGUCCCGCCGCGGCCAUCGCGACGAUUUGCACAACGUCGACAAGGCGAGUAUCGGCAGCGCGGCGCUCGGCGACUGGGAAUGGACCGAAAAGGAGACCUGGCGUCAGACGGCCAAGGACUGGUAUGCGCUCGGGAUCACCCAGGCUCCCAACAUCGGCCGGCUCCACCACCAUCUCGGCGUGCUCAGUCGCGGUGAGGACGAUCUGCGUGCGCUUUACCAUCUAUCCAAGAGCCUCAUCGCUGCCAAGCCCUUUUCUUCGGCCAAGGACAGCGUCGUCGCGCUCUUUGACCAGGAGCGCCAAUCUCGUCGCAUCCGACGCGGCAGCUCCGUCGAGGAGCUCUUCCUCUACUUGCACGGCCUCCUCAUCACCCGCGUCCAGCUCGACGACUUUGAGCCCGUAUUCGAGCGCUUCGUGAGCGAGCUCACCGCGCUCGUCGAGGAGCACGGUCCGGCAGGCCUGCCGCAGUCCGUAUGGACCAUGAUGGCAACCGUCAACAUUGCAGGUCUGUUCGAGCACGGAUCGGACGACUCGAUGCUGGCGGAUCUGCUGCUGCAGCAAUCGCACAAGUCCGGCAAGCGGCCUAACCGCACGGAAAGGUCGAGGUCCCAGGUGCCCACCGCCAUCCUCGUCAGCUCGAGCGCGACCAAGACCGACGACAACUUGCUCAGCGAGCUGCCGCGCGAUGCGGAAUGGGACGACCCCAGCGACGACGAAGACGAGGCGGGCGAGCAAGAGGUGCAGCUUAUUGCGCUCGAUGCGAAAGCGCGCGGCGACGAGGCCGAGGCGGAGGCGGCCAACGAUCUGCCCGACACGCUCGAACGCGCCGCCAAGCUCUGCUUCGCCAUGCAGGCGCUCACGUUCGACCUCACCAGCGCCGAUGCGAGCCUGCGGUCCAAUCCGUACAACACGACGAUCGGCACGUUUCUGCUGUCGCUGUGCCAGUCCAAGCGGGCGUUCCGCCUGUUUGAGCGCUUCGUGCCCUGGGAUGCGUGGCUGCAGCGUCUCGACAGCUCCAUCGGCCUGGCGGAGCGUGGCUGGCCCAAGGUGCUCGCGAGCCCGUACAUCACCGCCCCGCUGCUGCUGCCGGAAGACUACUGUCUGCGCGGUAUCCUCGGGCUGUCGCGCCAUCUGUACGACCGCCAUCUGUGGCGAGCGACGGCGAACGAGGGCGGCUUGUCGGCGUCGCAUGCGUUUGCAAACGAGGUCGAGGUGCUCGAUGCCGAAGACGGCGAGCUGUAUACGCGCAUCGAGUCGGCGUGGCGCACGGCGGCUGCGCGCAAGGGAGAGCGCGACGAGCCAUCGCCGACGCUCGACACGGUGCGCGUAUACCGCAUGGCGUUUGUGGCGCGCAAGCUCGCCAAGGCUGGGCGCGGGUUCGAGCUGGACGGCAAGACGUCCAAGCUGUCGCUGUCCAAGAUGCUGCAGACGCGGCUGGUGCGGCGCAAGAUGGAGGAGGAGCAGCGCGAGCUCGAAGCGCGCAUCCAGCAGCUGCGUCUGCAGGCGGCGAAUCGGGAGCCGGCAUGGGCGCGCUCUGAGGAGCCCGCUUCGGCUGCAUACCAGGAGGCGGCGCAGAUGGACGACGACGACGAUUUUGACAGCGACUGGGAGGAGGACGAGUCGGCGGCGGCGCGCGAGCGCGUGCAUUCGCUGGACGCCAUCCUGCCGACGCCCGAGGGCGCCGACGCGAGCGACGAGAUCCAGGCACUGCAUGCACGCAGCUGCUACCUGCGCGACGUGCUCAGCAGUGUGCGCAGCACGCUCACUCGCGGCAGAGGCGGAUCGGCGGGCAAAGAGCGGGGCACGCAGGCGGGGCGGGCCAAGACCGACGUUGCUGCGAAUGCGUGCGAAAACAUCGUUCCUGGAUACACGGUCCUUGUGGUGGAUACGAACAUCAUCGUGACGCCGGGCGAGGUGAUUGCGCAGCUGAUCGAGUCGCAGCGCUGGACGCUCAUCAUCCCGCUGGCGGUGAUUACGGAGCUGGAUGGGUUGCGGCGCAACGAUAGCGAGUUGGGGCGGCAUGCGGAGCGCGCGAUCCGGCUGCUCGAAACGCGCAUCCGCACCCACGCCAAGUUCGUCAAGGUGCAGACGAGUCGCGGCAACUACCUCAGCGAUCUCUCGUGUCGAUCGGAGGACAUUGAUUUCGCCUGGCAGGGCCAGGGUGCGGGUGCGGGUGCAGCGGUGCGCGACGAAGAUGCGGCGGAUACAAAGUCGGUCGCCGCACGCAAUGUGGAUGAGGUGAUCCUGCGCAUCUUGGCGUGGCAGAGGGACAACUUUGUGGACCGCAGGAACUUGUUGCAGGUCGCAGCAAAGCACGACGAGCAGCCAACAAGCAUAGACUCGGCGCACAAGAGUGUCCUCCUCACGCUCGACCGCAACCUUCGACUCAAGGCCAAGAGUCGCGGUCUGCCCAGCGUCGACGCUAGGGCCGCAGCUGCGCUACUCGAACUGCCGUAA